GCAGGGUUGUGUAUCCUGGUUACGGUGAUGUCAAACACUGAGACCACGAUGGCUUCUCACAUAGAGAAAAUCACGUUGGGCAUCAGCAAGAUAUUAGAGUCGUCUCCCGGAGUGACGGAAGUGAAGUUUGAGGCCAUUCCUCCUGCUGAACGUCAAGCGAUUGUCUCCUGGGAGCAGAAACAUGGAUGUACGAUGCCGGAAGAUUUGAAGAACUUUUACUUAAUGACAGAUGGCUUCCUGAUGAGCUGGUCUGUGAAGCUGGAUGACAGUCCCAUCCAGGUUGGCACUAUGGCCAUUAAUAGCAUUUCCAAUCUGACCCAGCUGAAAGGAUCCUCUGCCCAUUCAAUGCCUAACUCACCGACGUUGGAGGACUUGGAUGACAGCUCCGACGAGGAAGCACAUCCGGAUCGGCCGCAUUUUGAUUCCAGGAACGUACUAUUUGAGUUGGACCCAUGUAAUGGGAAUGGGAAGGUCUGUCUGGUGUACAAGACCACCAAACCAGGACACAGCAAUGGCAUAGGGGUCAGAGGAAGAAAGCAAAUCACGCGCCGGGGGACACAGAGGCCAACGAAGACUACAGUGAUGAAAAGGAGUGGAGGAGAGGUGAUACCUGAGCCCAGCAUCUGGUUCCUGGACCGAGCACUCUAUUGGCAUUUUCUUACGGACACCUUCACUGCUUACUACCGGUUACUCCUGUGCCACCAGGGGCUGUCACAGUGGCAGUAUUCCUUCACAAGUUACGGCCUCAGCCCACAAGCCAAGCAAUGGAUGAACAUGUACAAACCCAUCACCUUCAGCCCCACCACACUUUCCGAGGAUCCUGAAGCUUUCACCAACAAGCUGGAUCCGAACAAGAUCUUCAAGAGCAAAAACAAAACUCCGGUGACCAAGAAAAAACUUCCCGGCCCACCUGCCGCCCAGAAGUCAACCCUCACCCCUUCCAAAAACCCAGCGCCGCCAGGGGCGGCGACGCGAAAAUAAC